AUGCAGGGGAGCGUCUGCUUGACCGGCAGGCGAUUCCUCCAGGUGCUCCCAGGCCGAUUUUCGCUGCCGGAGAGCGGGCAGAGCAGGGCACGGCGCGGCCAUAGCGCUGUUCGACUCGGCAGCACGCUCUCUGUCCUGCUGGCUCAGCCUGUUCCCCUUUUCCUGAGGGGAAAAAGCGUUACGGAACGGGCAGCGCCUCUGCUCUCUUUUGCAGAGUGUGGAGAACGGCCGCUCGCAGACGCGUUCUCGGGCCUUCGGAUUGUAGGUGGACACGAUGCUCAAGCGGGAGCGUGGCCGUGGUUAGUUAGCCUCCAAAUUCACCGCGCCGGUGUAAAAUUUAAGCACGUAUGUGGUGGAGCUUUAGUUAAUGAGAAUUCAGUACUUUCAGCUGCCCACUGCGUUACACAGAGGAAGGACCCAUAUUUCUGGAGAGCUGUGAUGGGUGUGCAUAACCUUUGGAAACAUAAUAAAUAUACAACAAAAAGAAAUAUUAGAAACAUCACUGUCCACCCAGAAUUCAAGAAAGAAACAUUUGAAAAUGAUAUUGCAUUAUUUAAACUUGAUUCCUCUGUACGCUACAAUGACUAUAUUCAGCCUAUCUGCUUACCUUCUGCACACCUUUACCUAUAUAUUGACAACCAAACAGAUUGCUUUAUAAGUGGUUGGGGACGUACAGCUGAAAAAGGUAAAAUCUCAGCUGUAUUAAAAGAAGCACAAGUGGAAAUCAUUCCUUCUAAUGUCUGCAAUGCUUUUGAUUCAUAUGGAGGACUGGUUAAUAGCAACAUGAUUUGUGCUGGCUUUGAAUCUGGAGGCACUGAUAGCUGUCAGGGAGACAGUGGUGGACCUUUAAUGUGCUAUCACCCUAGUACCAGCAAGUACUAUAUAAUAGGAAUUACCAGUUUUGGAAUUGGCUGUGGCCGACCAAAAUUUCCUGGGAUCUAUGUCCGUUUAUCUCAAUACAGAAGAUGGAUAACAUCUGAACUUCUGUUGAAUAAUAAGGCUGUGAAUCCCAUGAGCGUUACACUUGUGAUCUUUCUGACUGUGAGGUGUAUAGCGUUUGCCUAGGCUUUCUAAAGUGGCAAGCCAUUGCAUCAUCACUGUAGAGGUUUGGGCCGUUUGUUAAAACUUUGAAGAGAGCUAACUCAUGUUUUGUAAGACUAAAUCUCAGUGCAAAAGGAAAAAAAAUGCCUUUUUUUUUUUUUUUUUUAAGA